AUGUGACAGUUGCGCUCAAUGGCCAACUUAAAUAAUUUAUGCCUGUGUGUCAGACGUGACGCUUCAACACAACUAGCUCACUUUUAGCAAGUUACCGCUAACAGUAGCCGGCUAACAUUAGCUGGGGCUCCCUACGUGCUAGCCCCUGCUGGCUGAGAGGUCACGCCGGGAAGCGACCUGAAAAUCUCCGAGACAUUACCGCGGCUCCGUUAAUGCAUUUGUGGCACAGUGGUUCACGUUAGAAAACGCCGUCGUUCUGCUAGUUGGAGUGAGCGGAGCCAGACGGGAACCGGUUACGUAGAGAGCGUAGCUGUGGGCGGAUCUGCGGUAGCCAGUAGCCGAGCAAGGCGACCACCUCCGCAAGACGGGCUAGCAAUGACGGAUAGGGUUGAUCCAGCCGGGGUUUGGAUUGUGAGCCACCAGACAUGAUUUUAUGAAGACCACCCUACAAGGCCUGAGCUGUGCAGCCUUGUGUAGGUUUGGUUUUCACCCCCCCAAGUGUCCCGUGGAUAUCAGCUGACCAUGGUGGUCUGAGCAGAGGAAACGGGAGAAAAAAGCCUGGCGCAGUGUGUGUUCACUAACAUAGUAAGGCUUGACCACAAGAGGAGCAAAGAGACAAACCGGAGCAAAGAGGAAAAAGCACAUUUAAAUACAAAAUGUCUCAAAACAGAGAACUGGUGCUUUUCUACAUAACGUAUAAACUAUCCCAGAGAAACUAUCCUCUCAACCACAUAGUACUCAACGAGCCUUCGAACAGGACUGAUGGGGGGGCAGCAGGGUUGGAUGAGGAACAGCGAAUAGAUACACACGCCAAUGGGACUUUUAAUGGCACAAGUCCCGGUACCCCGCCAGCGUCCCCGCAGCGGCAGCAACAGCCGCCAUCAACAACGAACCUCGACGCAGUGAAGGAGGCGCUCCGGGACACAGCCAACGAGUUCGAGCUGCGAUACGCUCGUGCCUUCAACGAUCUGCACAGCCAGCUGCACAUCACGCCGGCCACGGCCUACCAAAGCUUCGAGAAUGUGAUGGACGAGGUGUUCCGGGAUGGCGUCAACUGGGGCCGCAUCGUAGGGCUUUUCGCGUUCGGCGGGGCACUGUGUGUCGAGUGUGUCGAGAAGGAGAUGAGCCCCCUGGUGGGCAGGAUCGUAGAGUGGAUGACAGUCUACCUAGACAACCACAUUCAGCCCUGGAUCCAGAGCCAAGGAGGAUGGGAGCGCUUUGCUGAAAUCUUUGGGCAGGACGCGGCGGCUGAAAGCCGGAGGUCUCAGGAGAGCUUCAAGAAGUGGCUGCUUGUGGGCAUGACGGUGGUGACCGGCGUCGUGGCAGGUGCGCUCAUCGCGCAAAAACGCCUGUGAGCGCUCUCGCUCCGCUCGCCUCCUUCACAACCCUCAACAUUUAGAUGAAGGUCCUGUUCGUCGUCUCAUAGCUGCUGAUGAUGUUUACUCUCCUGCCCCAGCCCAUAGAUUCUGCAUCCCCCAGAGAACUGAGAGUCCUCAAAUGUUGAACUUUUGAGAAUAAAGAAGAAAAAAAAUUCCAACCUGACAGAAAUUGAAAGACGUGCUUUUUCAUUCCAUUCUCCACUCGUUCCUGCACCUCGUUUCUUCCUGUAUGUUUGUAUGUAUUAGUUUUAACAAAUUUUUGUUUCCCAUUUUCGUCGACGGCCUUCUGAUUACAGCCUUGAGCCUUCUCUUAUGACUCUCACCGUGUUGUUGUUGAAGCUUGUUUUGUCACGUGUACUCGCAGACAUCUCACCCAUAGCCCUGUAUGUGCCAUAUGGAGAACGAAAUCAGGGGCACCUUCUCUAGUUUCCAGAUCAGCCGUCGUGAUCACCUACAGCAUCGUAACCUAUCACUUCACUCAUUGGUUUUUGUUUUGUUGGAUCUCCACCCUGUCCCAUCCUUCAUGCCUUCAUGGCUUGUGUAUGAGUGCUAGAUUAAGCUGAAUCACGCAGACUAGAGUUGACAGAAAUGUGGGAGUUUUGAACUAAACGGGGAAACUAGUUUGUGUUUGUUGGUGUGUGUGUGUGUGUGUGUGUGUGUGUGUGUGUGUGUGUGUGUGUGUGUGUGUGUGUAGGAUUUUUUGGGGGGGUAUUUCUGAACCAUUAAAAUCCCAUUCCCACUGGUCUGUGCUUCAUGAUCAUAGUUAGCCUCAGUUCAAUUGUGUUGCCAGACCAAUGUGUGCGGCAAGUUGUCAGAAUCAGUUCAACCACAGUUCAUAAGAGCAGGGCGCUGUGGCUCAGACGGUCGAUGUUAACCGCACAGUAGCUGAAGAAUGCAGGUAUUACUGUAGCAACUCAUGCAGUAGCUAGCUAGCUUCAUUGUUUCCAGACACGCUUUGGCUACACUGAAAAAGAAAAAGAGUCUUUAAUCUUAAAGGGGACCUGUCAUGCUUUUCCUGUUCUGUCAUACAUAUUUGCUGUUACAGUGGUGGUGCUCAUAUUAAACAUGGCUUCACAUUUAAAAAGUUUUCUCCUUGCAGGUUUUACUUCUACUGCGCAAGGUUUCAUAACAUUUCGGCUUCAUUAAAAGUCCAGAGCGCCGACACGAUCAACACCUGUGCUCCUCCCACCAGAGCGCUGAACAAUGGCCAUGCUAAUUCAUGUUAGAGAUACAGUAAGCCAAAAAAAAAAAGAAAAAGACUGGCCCACAUCUUUGGUAUGAUGAUGAGUAGCCCACCACCGCACAGCUGAAACUCUGCGCUGACUCAUGUGCACAGUAACCCCAUGAUUGGCUAAUAAUUCUCCCAUUUCAGCUGUUGAUUGGCUCUUCGGUGACAGAGACGGGACGUCUGACAACUUUAGCCUCUCAGAAUUCUCCCACAGCUUUCUGUCUCUGAGUGUCGCAUCUCCUCCCUCUCCAUAUAAUGUCACUGUUGUGAACGCAGCACCGUCCCACUUACUGUUCACACCUUGUGUUUAUAUGAUGCAGCCAAUAAGGCAGAGGUUCCUUUAAAGGAUGGAAGCUGUUCGAGACACAGGGUGAACUGAGAGGCUGCGUCAAAGCCCAGCAUAAGAUAUAAAACUUGUUUUCACUGUGAAUCAUGCAAAGGAGAGUCCAAGCAUGGAGCAUUUGGAGCUGGAAAUUAGCUUAAUAGGUCCACUUUAAGAGCAUCAUUGGUUGGUACAUUUGUAUGUAAAAGUUGUCAUUUGGCACUACUUUAUUUGAAGACCCCCCCCCCAUAAACAGUAUAAAACAUGUCAUAUAUUCUAACACUGCUGCAGCGUAGGCCCUAUGAAGCAUCAGUAACAGGUGUAUAAGCAGUUAGUGACUGAAUGUAACGGCGAAUCAUGUAUAAAUCAGUACGUUUAGGCGUGAUGGUUCAGUGUUGACCUCAGAAACAGAAAAUUCUUCACUUAAGGUUCAAUUACUUGCAUCAUGGCCUUCAUCACACAGAGCAGAAAUAUAUUUAGCAGUGCAAAAAUAAUCAUUAAAUAUGGGCGAAAGGUGGCGAAAUCAAUAAAUGCUCUGUAUUUUGUAACACUUGUACAACCCUGCCGGAGGUCAUCCACUGUCUGUUCAUACUCCAGGUACAGAUGCUUCGCAGGAUUUACAGCUACUUUAUAUUUCUGUAAACUUGUUUAUCCUCCUACGACACCUUAUGUCCUCUGUAGUGUUCACAAAAAAGUUAAAUUGAAAGAUUUUUUUUUUUUUCUUGGAUUUUAGGAGCUGCAAUUAUGAAUCAAAAAUUAAGGUGCAACUGGUUUGAUUGUUACUGACCUUAAAGUCAUUGGGUGUAACUUCUUAAAGUGACGAUUUGCUGCUUUUAAUUAACCGACAGUGACAGUUGCAGCCCUAAUCACCCACAUACACCAUUCUUUUAGGAUUUGGGGAGGUUAGAAGAAAGUGUCUGAGUCAUUUUCAGUGAUUAUUUUGCAAUAAAAUCAUAAUCAUGUGCUGCACUGUUAAAACACAAUGCUGGUUUUUUUUUUUCCCCCACUAUUUCCCCACUGUGUCCUAAUCAAUCUUUAUUUUUAAGCCUUUAGUCACAUCUGACAUUGAUCAGUGACACACUUCGUGCUUUGCGUUGUCGUCACCGGAGCGAGCAGAUUCAUGUAGCAAACUGAUGAAGCAGCUGUCCUUCAGGAGGCGACGCGGUUCUGCAUCGCGUCUCCUUCGAGCUAAAGAAAUGUGUCACGUUGUGUCUGUUUACCAUCUUGAGCAAAUCAGCAGCUGUCAGCAGCUGUAGGAGCGUGAAACUAGAAAUCUAAACAUUCAUAUCUCAUCUCACUCAGUUCGACGUAUCCAUACACUGCUUUCACAGCCCCCCACCCCCUUCCUUUGUCUCUGUCCUCCCCAGACGCUUCAAAUCUGUCAAACCUCCAUCCGUCUCUCCUCCUCUUCCCCUCGCCAUCCAGCUCCACCUCUUCCUCCCGUGGUCCCCCGGCUGUCACUGCACCUAGUCACGUGUGUCAGUCACAGCUGGCCCACCUGCUGCUUCUCUCUCUCUCUCUCUCUCUCACACACACACACACCAAUCAGAUCCAGUCCAUGCGAGACGAAGGACGGGAAAGAGACACCUAUCCAUCUUUAAUUUAAAGCUGGAGUCAGAAGAGUGUUUGUCACCUGGCGCGUUCUGCACCAACAACUGGCAGCUCAAUUAAUUUACUGGGAAGGAAGGGAUGGUAUUGGUGGUGCUGGGGGGGGGGCAUUCAUCUCCAUUCCCAGAAUCUUCCCACAGCUUCCAAACUUGAUCUCACUCCAAAUGCUGGCUCUCCGUUCAACAGUGUGUCCUACAGCACAAUAAAGCACUGCAGCUUUACAGACAGGUGCUGUUUUCUCACCAGAGCACUACACUCAGCCACACCUAAUAAAUACUAAAGGAUUGGUUUGAAAAACAUUAAACAAAAAAGAUUGGGAUUUCUGUGUGAUACAUUCAUCAGAGUGUCCAGUUGUUAGCUCCCUUACAUCCUCAUCCACACAUUUUCCUUUCAAGUCCUGAUUUUUAACCUGGGAACAAAUAUUUCACCAAAUUCGCACAAACUGCACAGCCUGAAUAAUGAGUAUUGUCCUAUUUGCUCGUGUCUUCGCCAUCUUAUUAGCCAAGGUGUGCUCUCAAACAUUCCAGUACAGUAUAUAUAUCUAUUUUUCUACCCCCAUUAAGAAGCUCCUCACAGGCUUGUCCCUGCCGUCCGGGCCCCUCACUCUAACAAGCUCUUUUCUUACCCAUUUUAUAUAUAUCUAUAUAUAUCUAUAUGUGUGUGUGUGUGUGUGUGUGAGCGUGUGGGAGCAUGCAUGUGAAUUUCUGUCUGGCAGAAGGUAGGCACAAAGGAAGGAAGUGUGACAGCAUUGGCACGACCCCCCCACAUAUAUAUGCUAGUUAUUUAAAGGGAUUAGAAUAGUAUUAGCUUAGCAAAAUAUUUAAAACAGAACUGAUGGCUUUCAACUUUAUUUAUAUUUGGUGUAAAAAGCAUAACUGUGCCCCUUCAAAUGGCCUUAAAUUCCAUCGUUGCAUUCAUGUGCACUGUCAGUUGUGGGUUUUUUUUUUUUUUUUUUUUUUUGUUUAGGACUGUUGGACGGCUACUAGACAAAAAAUGCAAACAAAUCAAGAAAAUAUUUUGAGAAAAGUUCUCUGGCGUGUUCCUGUUGGGUCUAAAAUAAAGUUUGCUGCCAUGUCCAGUGGUCACUUUGUAUGUCUUUAGAAUGCCAUUGUAAAAUCUGAGAUGACACUGACCCUAAUAAAACCUGAUGUUGGAA